AUGCCUGCCGCGCUGCCAGUCAUAGAUCACUCGCCCCACCAUCCUGAGGCCUCGCCGCCAAUUCCCACCGCAAAUAACGUGGUUCUGAUCGACAACUACGACUCCUUCACCUGGAAUGUCUACCAGUAUCUGGCUUUGGAAGGCGCGACCGUAACUGUCUUUCGGAAUGACGAGAUCACCCUUGACGAGCUCAUCGCAAAGAACCCCACCCAGCUCGUCGUCAGCCCUGGUCCCGGCCACCCCGAGAAGGAUGCUGGUGUUAGCAACGCCGCCAUAGGUCAUUUCGGAGGCAAGAUCCCCGUAAUGGGCGUUUGUAUGGGCGAACAAUGCAUCAUAUACAGCCUCGGCGGCAAGGUCGACGUUACCGGCGAGAUCCUCCACGGCAAAACCUCUCCGCUCGUACACGAUGGAAAGGGUCUAUACGCCAACGUCUCCCAGGACGUCCCCGUCACGCGAUACCACUCCCUAGCAGGCACACACCAGACCGUGCCCGAGUGCCUUGAGGUCACUUCUUGGAUCAAGAGCCCUGAAGGCGGCAGAGGAGUGAUAAUGGGUGUACGGCACAAGGAAUAUGUGCUCGAAGGCGUGCAGUUCCAUCCAGAAAGCAUCCUCACGGAGGAGGGUCGACAGAUGUUUAGAAACUUUCUUCGCAUGCAAGGUGGCACCUGGGCGGAAAAUGAGAGAUUGGGUAAAGAGGCGCAUGCUCAAGCGAUUGGUGCUGUUGCCAAUGGAGCAUCGUCUAAUAGAGCUCCAAAAGAUAAGCACACCUCCAUCCUAGAGAAGAUCUACGAUCACCGAAGGGCUGCCGUGGCCGAGCAGAAGAAGAUCCCUUCACAGCGACCAAUUGAUCUACAAGCCGCGUACGAUCUCAAUCUAGCUCCGCCCCAGAUCAAUUUCCCGGAACGGCUGCGAAGCUCGCCCUACCGUCUUUCACUAAUGGCUGAGAUCAAGCGCGCAUCUCCUUCGAAAGGCAUAAUUUCGCUGUCCGCAUGCGCCCCUGCUCAAGCUCGGACAUAUGCAAAAGCUGGCGCGAGCACUAUUUCCGUCUUGACCGAGCCGGAAUGGUUCAAGGGCAGCAUCGAUGAUCUCAAAGCAGUGCGACAAAGCCUCGAAGGAAUGCCCAACAGGCCGGCCGUUCUGCGAAAAGAGUUCAUCUUCGACGAGUAUCAGAUCCUCGAAGCCCGACUUGCUGGCGCCGAUACGGUCUUGCUUAUCGUCAAGAUGCUGGACGAACUCCUUCUGAAGAGACUCUAUGAAUACUCGCGUUCGCUCGGUAUGGAGCCUCUGGUGGAGGUCAACAAUGUAGAGGAGAUGAAGAUCGCUGUCAACCUUGGUUCCAAAGUCAUUGGAGUGAACAACCGCAACCUCGUUAAUUUCGAGGUUAAUAUGGAAACUACCAGCAGUCUGAUGCAUUUGGUACCCACAGAGACCGUCGUGUGCGCUUUGAGCGGUAUUACUGGUCCACAGGAUGUCGAGCCGUAUGCGCAGAACGGAGUAGGUGCCGUUCUAGUCGGCGAAGCUCUCAUGCGGGCGUCUGAUACUGCCGACUUCAUCGCUCACCUACUUGGUGGUAGCACCCUAAAGAAGCCAACAGCAUCGUCCGCUCCUCUAGUUAAGAUAUGCGGCACUCGCAGCGUGGAGGCAGCUAAAGCAGCCAUCGAGGCAGGUGCUGAUCUGAUAGGAAUGAUCUUGGCUCAAGGAACCAAGCGCACCGUGUCAACAGAGGUAGCGCUAGCAAUAUCCGAAGCAGUUCACAUAUCCCGGAAACCAUAUGCUACCAAAGCCGCCGAGACAAUAUCUCAAUCAGCAUCAGACUUCUUCGAGCAUGCAGCUUCGAACCACAUCUCCUAUCCCUCACGGGCUCUAAUCGUAGGCGUAUUCCGGAACCAGCCUCUAGAGUACGUCCUCGAACAACAACAGCUGCUGAACCUAGACAUCGUACAACUCCACGGACAAGAGCCCAUCGAGUGGGCGAAACUCAUACCCGUGCCCGUCAUCAAAGCCUUCGGUCCGAAGGACAUCGGCAUCGGUUUGAGAGGAUACCAUGCACUUCCGCUCCUUGAUGCGGGAUCCGGAGGCACCGGACAGCAGCUUGACUUAUCUGAGGUUAAGGAGGCUCUUGCUAAAGACGACACUAUCAAGAUCAUAUUCGCCGGUGGCCUCAAUCCUGAUAACGUGCAAAAGGCACUGGCGGGCCUAGGGGAAUAUACUGAUCGUAUCCAGGCUGUCGAUGUGAGCAGUGGAGUCGAAGUGGACGGUCAGCAGAGUCUCGAAAAAAUUAAGGCAUUUGUUAGAGCGGCAAAGCGCUCUUAG